AUGCUCGCUGCCGUCAGGAGCCUGCGGUGCCUCUGCCUGGGGCUCGUCGGGGCUCCGCCAGGGGCCCCUCCCGAUGCCCCGCGGCCGCACUUCUCGGCCCUCAGGCCCGGGGGCCUCCCGCGUUGCUCCAGCGGCGGGGCCCACGGCGGCAGCGGCCCCGAAGGCCCGGGAAAGGUGCACAGGGUCCCCGCCGAGCACAGACCUUCGCAAUUCGACAAGAAAAUCCUGCUGUGGACCGGCCGUUUCAAAUCGAUGGAGGAGAUCCCGCCGAGGGUCCCACCGACCCUGUGUACAACAGAACAAAACACUGCCCAGUCCUGCACCAUCCUCACAAUCCUUGCUAUGCUUGCGCCCAUUGUCGCAGCCCCUGCUGCAAAACGACAUGAAUCCUUAACGAGUUGGAACUUGGCAAAGAAAGCUAAGUGGCGUGAGGAAGCUGCAUUGGCUGCACAGGCUAAGGCUAAAUAG